AUGCAAGACCUCAAACCCUACAACCAGAAUCUUGUUAGAGAGACUGGUCGGUUAGGUGGAGUAUCAGCUCUUACCCAUCAAGCUAUGAGCAAUACCUCUGCCGCUCUUAUUAUAAGAGCGGCAGUCAGGGCUGGGACUCAUAGGGAGUGUAGUGGCGGUGGCAACAUGACAAGCACAGUGUAUUACUUCAGAUAUUCGGGGAACUCAGUCCCACCGGGCUAG